AGGAAUGGAGGUCUCUGUCAAAGUGAUAGCCACCAGGACUGGCACUGUAUUUGUCCCGAAGGUUAUAAAAACACAUUUUGUGAGACCUCGUACUGUAGCCAUGGGUUAUGUCAAAACGACGGCAUAUGUAUUCUGCCCGACGACCGAACCUAUCUGUGUGUCUGUCCUCACGGCUGGAGCGGAAGGAAUUGUGAAUCAAAAUCCAAUCAAACGAUGGCAUCGUUUAAUUCGGACCCAAAUAAGAAGUCAUUCAUUAAAUACAAUCUCAAGAAUCUGACCAAUCAUUUGGAAAUAAAGUUCCGAUUCGCGACUUUACAGCCAAACCAAAGCAAAGCACUCAUACUAUUUAUGGGUAAUCUCCAGAAUAAGACACAAAAUCCUCAUUUUAUUGUCGACUUCUUAAGCAUAUCAUUGGAAUCGGGAAUUCUGUGCUUCAGAAUAAAUUUAGGACACGGCACAAAACUUCUAUCGACGCCAAUAAACGCCGCUCUGAGGGAACAGUUAGUCUUCUUUGGUCAUCACAAGCAGUUUGUUUGGCUGAUUGUAGUCCCCGAAGACAUCGACAAAACGAGACCAAUUGUGGGCGAAACACCCCUUUCCUUCCACGCGCUCAACGUUUCGCCCCAUUUAUACGUCGGCGGACACGAGUCAUACACAGGACACCCAUUCCUAACCUCUUAUCAUGGCUUCAAAGGUUGUAUUUAUGACAUUGAAAUCCGCGAUCAUUUAAACGUCAACUUCAGA